AGGCAGGCUGAGAAGGGGCAGAAGUUGGUAGGAAUGAUGGCGCAAAUGCUCAGUUUGUCCCCAUUAAUCCCAGGUUACAGACCUCCAACUCCAGCUCUACCCAGACCCGCCACUUCAUCUCACACCUGGACCUCUCUCUCGCAUUCGCUCAAUUGCAACGGCAGGUUUUCUUGCCUCUUCUCCGACAAUCGCAAACAGGAACAGGCUCGAAAAGCCUUAGAAGGCGCCCUUGGUGGAAAGAAACUGGAGUUGGAGCAAUGGGAUAAAGAAAUUAAAAGGAGAGAGGAAGCAGGUGGAGGAGGAAAUUCUGGAGGAGGUGGUUGGUUUAAUUGGGGUAGAUGGUUUGGUGGAUCUGAUGAUGGCCAUUUCUGGCAGGAAGCGCAACAAGCAAGCCUUACAAUUUUAGGCAUUCUUGUCCUGUACCUAAUCGUGGCAAAAGGGGAUGUGCUGCUUGCUGUCAUUUUCAAUCCUCUGUUGUUUGCUUUGCGAGGGACACGGUCUAUGUUUGCCUUCAUAACAUCAAAGAUUGCAAAUCAGAAGUAUCCAAAUGGGCAAAAUUUUAGCACUCCACAAGAGGAAGUGGCUGUCCAUGUUUCUGCAAAAGAGAGAGUAGUGGGAAAAUGGGGAAGCAAUUGAUCUUAUUCCAGGUGCUGCCGGUGAAGAUUCCUCUUUACAACAUUGCACAAGCACACACCAUUCGUGCUAUAAAAUGAGAUUGUGAAGAAGAAUGAAACAGUUGGGCAUAAGUUAUGGUUUUGAUUUGUAAUUUAUGUGAUUAUAUCAUUUAAGGUUGUGGUGGGAUCGUUUCCUUGGGAGAUAUCCGUUGUCAUAAGAAAUGUUUAGGUGUGCAGUUUUGUGCGACAUAAGACCUCCAUGUGAGAAUAUAUGUUGGCAUGAUUGGAAGAAAAAUGAUGGAGAAAUCGUGCUAAUGACCUUACAUAAA